UGUCACAGCCGUGUGUGGGGCGUCUUUUCGCUACGCUGGCGCUCUGGGAAUACCAACAGUUUUCCGCAAACAUCCAGCUUCAAACCAACAAUUAAUUCAUCUUCUGCUCUGUCGUGAGUUUGUUUCAUUUCUUCGACUUUAAUUCGCCACAGAAAGAGACUGCGACGAGUGUUUUUUUCUCAGUGGAAGUAGCAGGGAGACAAUAAAAGAUUCAUGGACAGCUGCAGCUGAAGCCUGUUCCAAUCCUAUUUGCUGCAGACAGGAGACUGUUUGAAAGCUGUAAGGCCGGAGGAAAGUUAAUGAGAAGACUUUGAUCAGCUGACACUUUGCCUUACAACACUCCCUUAUUCCAUCUGUUGUCGUCCAAUAAGAUUACUGUUAACUCGUACGUGGACAGAGGAAGUUUAUUGAAGACUGAACGUCCUCAACGGGACAACCUCUGAGGGAUUUUUCACCUCUAACGUCGCACCGACCACGCCAUAUUUGUCCUUUACACGUUUGAAAGUGCUUCCUCGGAGAAGCAGAAGCAGCAGCUUGUUGGAUCAGAGGACGUGACAAAACUGAGGAUAGGGGGAGUACGCUGUGGGCCAUGUGUUUCUGGUGAGGUCCCCCAUCUUCUGCCAACAUGAGGCUGAUGCUCAGACCACCUCGACCCAUCCUGCCAGCCUUCUUGGCUCUCACCUUAGUCGCCUUUAUACCUCAGCUGUCCUCAGGAGCUGCACCAUUUCCCCAAGACCUGGAACCAAUCAGCAUUGUGGAAAGAGAAUCUUCGCACCUUUACCCCAGCUUCCAGGGGCUCAUGUCAGACAACGACACACUCCGCCUGGGCCUGGACUUCCAAAGGAUGCUGAGGAUCAACCACAUGCUGUACAUCGCUGCCCGGGACCAUGUGUUCGCAGUCAAUCUGGCCACGUCAUCUGAUCAGAUAAUCCCCCAGCAGAAACUGACGUGGAAAACGAAGGAUGUGGAGAAGUGCACCGUGAGAGGGAAGAACAGCGAUGAAUGCUACAACUACAUUAAAGUGCUGGUGCCGCGCAACGACGAGACUCUGUUUGCCUGCGGCACCAACGCCUUCAAUCCCACCUGCCGUAACUAUAAGAUGUUGACCCUGGAGCAGGAAGGAGAGGAGGUGGUGGGACAGGCUCGAUGUCCCUUUGAGUCCCGCCAGUCCAACGUUGGCCUCUUUGCAGGUGGGGAUUUCUACUCUGCAACCAUGACUGACUUUUUGGCCAGUGAUGCAGUCAUUUACAGAAGUCUGGGUGAAAGCAGUCCUGUUUUACGUACAGUCAAAUAUGACUCCAAAUGGCUACGAGAACCUCAUUUCCUUCAUGCUAUCGAGUACGGGAACUACGUGUACUUUUUCUUCAGCGAGAUUGCUGUGGAGUACACCACUCUAGGGAAGGUUGUUUUCUCCAGAGUGGCACGUGUUUGUAAGAACGACAACGGGGGCUCCCCGAGGGUUCUGGAGCGAUACUGGACGUCUUUCCUCAAAGCCCGUCUGAACUGCUCGGUGCCUGGAGAUUCUUUCUUCUACUUUGACGUCCUGCAGUCGCUGACCAACGUGCUGCAGAUAAACCACCGGCCAGCCGUCCUCGGAGUUUUUACCACACAGGCCAACAGCAUCACGGGCUCAGCAGUCUGUUCGUUCUACAUGGACGACAUAGAGAAAGCCUUCAACGGCAAAUUCAAGGAGCAGAGGAACAGUGAGACGGCUUGGACACCUGUUCCAGAGGAACAAGUCCCCAAGCCAAGACCAGGCAGCUGCGCCGGCGAGGGCUCUGCAGCUGCCUACAAGACAUCCACCACCUUCCCUGAUGAAACCCUGACUUUCAUCAAGUCCUAUCCACUCAUGGACGAGUCCGUGCCUUCAGUCAAUGACAGACCCUUCUUCACCCGCACCACCAGCAGGUUCAAGUUGACCCAGAUUGCAGUGGAUACCUCUGCAGGACCGUAUAAGAACUACACUGUGGUAUUCCUGGGAUCAGAUAACGGACAUGUUCUUAAGAUCCUGGCCAGCACAGAAGGAGCCAAUGCAUCUUUCAACACCCAGCUCCUGGAGGAUAUUGAUGUCUACAAUCCAGACAAGUGCAAUGUGCGGGGUGAGGACAGGAGGGUUCUGGGUCUGGAGUUGGACCGGGAUCAUCAUGCACUGUUCGUGGCCUUCUCCAGCUGUGUAAUCCGUGCGCCGCUCAGUCGCUGCUCUGAGUACAGCACCUGCAAGAAGAGCUGUUUGUCUUCACGGGACCCUUACUGCAUUUGGCUCAAGUCAGGCAGCUGUGCCACAGUCUCACCUGGAUUCAAAGGUGGGUUUGAACAGGAUGUGGAGAAUGGCUACCAGCAGCAUCCUGAUACCUGCCACGAUGUGUUGGCAACGACUCGCAAGCAAAACACAGCGCUAGAUUCCGUGUAUGGGAAGACCACCCCCACAAGCGCCAGCACUACCCAUCAUGGGGCAGCAUUCCCAAAGGAGGCAGGUGACUCUGAAAGAGGUACAGGUCCUGAUCGCCUCCCCCCUGUGGGGGAACAAGGCUCACCUGACUCAGAGCCAAUCAGUGUGGAGAUGGAGGGUGUGAGACGACCUCCGGAGCUGGAGAGGACCAAUCACAGUGUCCAUUACACCCUUCUGAUAGCUUGUGUUUUGGUGGCCUUUGUCCUCGGCGCCUUUGUCUCCGGCUUUCUGGUCUCCUGCUACUGUAACCACGCAGGCCACAAGACAAAGAAAUUAUCAAAAGAUCCUGAAGCCCCAAUCCCACAUGCUUUGUCGCUCCGCAGUCUGGCAAAGCUCAACGGUCUCCUGGACAGCCAGAGUAAAGAGGACAAGCUGGAGGUGUCGUCUCCAAAGAUCUACAAUUCAUUUUUUACCAACAGCAAAGAGCAUCACCCACCAAGGAGAAACAUACACCAUGGAAUGAUGAUGGGAGACCUGGUUCACCCUCACAACCAUCACCUCCACACCUCCUCUGAGCUGUCCGGUCUGCCUACCCCAGACUCCACCCCUGAGCUGCCAAUCAAGAGUAUGAAAGCCUUCAAGAAUCAAUGGGAAAAGAACCAGAACUGCAAUAAUGCCAAAGAACCAAAGUCUCACAACAUCGGGUCCAGGCCCAGUUCAGCUCUGCUUCACCAGCAGGUCUUCCCCUACUCCCAUGGCAUGUCCAAUGGGCAGCCAGUAGUGGGUCACCUGCAUCUAGAGGAGCGUAAAAUCCACAAUGUUGAGCGUGUACUAUCCCAGCCUUACCCGAGCUAUUCUCAGAAGGUGAUGGAGGUAACGUCGCUGGACGAGCUUCUGAAGCACAUCCACGAGGCAAACAGCAGCAAGAACUCCCAGUUAAUGAGCCCAUCAGGUCUGAUGGCCAGUGGAGGUGGAGGACAGCUCGCCUUCUCCAACAGAAUUCAACCUCAUAUCCCCGAAACGGAAUCAGCCCCCUACUACAGCUCCUCCACUUUACCGCGGGACAGUCUGACUCGUCGCAUGGAUGUCCCUCCUGACAUCCCCUCGCACCACCAGUCCACCCUGGAGAGGAGGCUCUCCUCCCAGCGGCAAUCGCUGAUCGCCGCAGCUACCAAAAUGCCCAGUGCGGGCGCAGUUGGAGGAGGAAUGAUCCCCCGCCAGCACAGCUUCAGCCAACGGAACGGUGGGCCUCACCAACCACCUCUCCUCCUGGCCCAGAUGAACUCGACAGGCGCUUGCGAGGUUCAUUAUCCUCUCAUCCCAAACGGGUACCUGACACGCCAACAUAGCUAUAAUGGAGAACAGCAGGAGGUCCAACACAGAGGUGCUAUUGUCCGCAGAUCGUCCUCUCUCAAACCUGAUGUCCCUCCUAAGCCCCUGUUCAUUCCAGCUACAUCUCCAGUCAAUGAACAAGGGAAAUAUAACUACUGAAAAGGUACUCUCUUGGAUUGAUUGUGUUAUCUUUUAAGGAACUUCUUUUUUGAAGAAAUCUUGUGGAUUUGAGGUUGCGGACCCUCACAGGACAACAAAACAAAUUGCGUGGUAGCAAGUCUCACUGUGGACAAAAGCCUCAACCAAACUUAUUUCCACUUUUCUUUUUGUCCAACAAAUAUCUUUGUACCAUAUUGGUAUUGUUCAGCUUCUUGCUUAUUAAACAACCACUGACUCGGAUGACGUGAUGCCACCUCAUUAUUUUAGGCUGCCAAUGUCCUCAAUGUGGAUUUACAAUUUAACAGGUUUUUUUUGUUUUGUUUUUGUUUGUUUUUUUGGGACAAAUUGACGGACAUACUCGGACACAUCUUGAAGACUUAAAAGCCGAAGGCUCCUGCAAUUCUUCAGUUCAUGCUUUUGCUCAACCUUUUUUGAUGUAGUGUUUGUACCCAGUGCCCACCCACCCCACACUCGAAUGUGUUUAUAUUAUGCAUGUGUGUGUAUAUACAGUAUAUGUGUGUUUAUAUCCACACCGUAUAUGUAUACAUAUACAUAUGCAGUAUUUGUAACCUGUGGUGAAAAGUCAGCAAACUCCCCUGAAAGUAGUUAUGUCUUUGCCUUACUAUACUUUCAUUUUUUGAGGCAUACCAAAUGCUCACCCACUCCCCAAAAACAAACAAAAAAAACAUCUUGGAGACACCAAAAAAAUGCAGUUCACCAACAAAACCUGCUGGUUAAAAACCCUUUUUGUAUCAAUACAAAGAAAAAUAUUUAAGCAUAAAUUCUUUUGACUUUUCUCUGCUUCUUUUUCUUCAGAUUCACGUCAGAAGUGACAAAUUUGGGUCCAUUUAGGUUCCACAAGUUUUUUUUUAUUUUAACCUUUAUUCUUCAAGAUUGGUGCUUACAGAUCUGAGGGAUCCAAUAUCCUCUUAAAUGAGGGGGGAAAAUGUAUAUUUUUGGACCUAAAGAGGAAAUGACAAACAUGCCAAAUGGUAUUAUGAGAAAGAACAUAAACACAGAAUGGACUGCAGUUAUUAUAAUUAUUGACGUUGUGGCUAUUGGUUGUAAAUAAAGGAAUAAUAACUAGCCAAAUUUUAACUGUAUGUGUAAAUGUGUGCCUUAUUUAAUAAUAGUGUGUCACAUGGGGGUUAAUGCAAGGGGCUCAAAUGGCUACUAUGCUACAGUAUAUUGUAGGUGUUUGGUUUACAUGGUCGUCCGUAUUUGUCAUCUAAUAUCUAAUAAUUUGAAGAGUUUCAUUCCAGAAAGACCUAUUUGACAUCAGGCCAUUCGGCACCUGCACUUAUAGAAAAAAAGGAGUUGAAUAGAAUGUUUUAAUGUGAGUUUUUGAAAUAUUUUACAAAAAGUUCUAAUUUGGUUUAUCAAAAAUGAGAGAUUAUUUUUUCCAGAAUUAUAUUGAGUUUUGGAAUGAAACCCUUCAUUUAUCUUUUUUUUUUCCGUUUUUCAUCCCAAGAGUGUAAGCCUACAGAUUUGUUUGAGGGGAAGUUUUGGAUAAAGCUUGUGCACAGACUGAGAUUGCAAAUGUUCGGGUUUGACCGUUUCUGUAUUACUUUACUCUCUACUGGGUGUCACUUUCUCUAUAAGUGCCAUUACACUUUGUAUGUUUUCUUUUUUGCUGAUUUUCUGUAGGAGAAGUUCACAGUUCCUCUUAAGUCAUGAUUUACAAGUCUGAAGUGUUUGCAGAAGUUGUUUUAGCUCAUUUUACCUAACAAGAUGUUGAAUUUUUCUUUAGUUUUAGUUGUUUUAAAAACACUUGUGUUCCAGUUUUGUUUUUGUUUUGUUUUUUUGUUUUUUUCCCAAUUUUGAAUUAAAAAUGAAAAUGACGCCUGGCUUCUACGUUGGCCACUCUCGGAUGUUCUGAUUUCUCGGCGUCACCAGGAGUGCGGGUCACUGCGGGUCCAACAGGUUUAGAUUGCGCCUGCCUCCAUGGAAGGGUUCAAUCUGUUCACAGGCGGCCGUGCUGCCUGAAUGUAGUCAGAAUUAUUCUGAGAUAACUUUAACUCACAUAUCACCUCUUCAGAACAUCUGCCACUGAUGCACUUUGCCGAAGCGUUACUUUGAUCAAGGUCGACAAGAAUGAUGAUCAGUUCAGUAGACCUGAGUGAGAACAGCUUUACUGACUGAAAUUUACAAAACCUUAUUUAACCAAGAGCAAAGUUUACAAUUGAUUGGGGUAAAAUGAAAAAAUUAUUUCCAAUAAUAUUAGCUCUAAGAGGAAAAAUGUUUUUUGAGUGAUCAGGCAGCAAAUCAUUAAACAGCCUUUCCCCAAUAAGGGGGAGAUAAUAUUUUGCAAGAGGAAUUGUGGCAGCUACACUGUCCUGUUUUUUUUUAAUAACCUGCAGGUCACAGAUUAUUUGAAAACGGGGAUGUUUCACCUCUGAAAGCUCUGUCAGUAUUUGAUUUUGUGUAAAUACAUUAUCUCUGGGCGGGAUUUCAUUUCAGCAUUCUGUUUUUUUUUUUUUCUCUCUGUUUUCCAGGCUUCGCCUCGUGAUUUAUAUUAAUUUGGUCUCAGAGUACUGAUGUAUGUCUCUUAUAGGAAUCAAUAAAAUUUAAAAGAUGAUG